AUGGUCCAUGACCCUGAAGAGCGAGUUACAAUUGAUUUGCAAAUAGAUAACUUUCAUAAUGCAAGAGGGUUGUUUGGAUUUCCUACUGCUGUGAUGACAAGAGAUAAAAAAUCUCCAGCUGAUUGGUGGGAUUCAUAUGGGGAUGAAUGCCCAGAACUGAAGAAAUUUGCUACAAGAAUUUUGGGCUUAACAUGUAGCUCAUCUGGUUGUGAACGAAACUGGAGUGCUUUGAGAUGUAAGGUGCAUACAAAGAAGAGGAACCAUUUACACGCUCAAAAGAUGAAUGAUCUGGUGUUUGUAAUGUACAAACUUAAAUUGAAGCAAGAACAACUAAAGCGAGCUUCCAAGUAUCAACCCCCAGUUGUUCCUGUUUUAGAUGAAUUGUCAUCAGAUGAUGAAUGGAUAAAAGAAACUGAGGAUCCUGUUCUUCUAGAAGAUGGAGCAUGGUUGAAUGUCCUUGAUAGAGCAGCAAGAAGAGCAGCUAGAGAAGCCUUGAAUAUAAUGCCUGGGAAUGAGGAAGAAAUCAAUCAAUCGCAAAAUGCGAGUGUCGAGCAACUUGAAAUCAGUGACGACGAGAAUGAUGUGGUUGCUUGUGUUGCUUCAAAUGAGGUUCAUGAUUCUGGAAACUUAGAAACUGAUUUUGGUGAAGGUGAUGGUGAUGAUUAUGAUUAUGAUGAUCUCAAUGUCACGGGAACCGGAACAUCGGGGGCAUUAAGUGAUUUUGCUGAUGACGAAAAUUUCGGCUAUGAUGAAAAUUAA